AUGCCUCAAUCCUCUUGUACGAGUGUAACCCGAGAGCACCGCACCGGGGACAAGUUCAAAACGCCAACGUCAAAGUUGCCACUCCAACGAAAAAGACGUGUUUUCAAACGAUAUAACAAUGAAAAUAAAGACAUGUCAGGUGAUUUUGAUCCAUGUGAGUGUAUCUACAAUCACGAAACAUCGAUGCAGCGGCUCUUGACCAUGCUGCGACAGUCACAAGCCUACUGCAAUGACGUCAUCUGCCAGAGCGACCUAUCCAACCCAUUUGCGAGUCAGAGUGACAGUCAAAUUUCCUCCUCAUUCUUCGUGUUCUUCGCGUGGAUUCUUGUUAUUGCCAGUGUCUUGGCCUUCCGCACUUGUCGUCAAGGCAGCGCUAGUGGGUCGGACAAGCCUGGACCCGCAGGGAAUAACGACCCGGAGCCACCAACCAUUUACUAG